AUGGAUCUGAUAUCAAGCUUAUCACAAGCUUGUACUAUAGUUAUGAUAUUCAUGUGUGUGGCUGGAAUUAUAGGGAAUAUUCUUUCUCUCAUAAUAUAUACAAAACCGGCAUUCCGACGACGCUCUAUCAAUAUUCUAUUAUCAGCUUUAUCUGCAUCAGAUUUAUGUGUCUGUUGUUUAGCCAUACCUGUAUUCAAUAUUGGCCAUCUACAAAGCUUACUGCCAGGUUCACAAAAAAUCACAGCUCUCAUUAUGGUAUAUCUUUAUCCAAUUACGGUUAUGUUUCAAUCAAUGAGUGUAUGGCUAUUAGUUUCAAUCACUAUUGAUCGUUACUUGGCUGUCUGUCAUCCAUUUGUGGUUCGAACAUACUGUACAAGAUCUCGAGCAUUGCUUACUGUUCUUGUAAUAAUUAUUUUCUCUGUCGCCUAUAAUUUCGUAAGAUUUUGGGAAUUUCAGUUUGUGGACAAAGAAACAGAUACAGUGGAAGAGAUGGUUCAGCCAUUGUUACGUGAUAAUGUGAAGUUUAUGUUAUGGUAUCAGAACAUUGCCACGUUAUUAUCACAAUUUGUAGUUCCAGUUGUUGCCUUGUGCAUGCUGAAUAUUGAGGUUGCAAGAACAAUAUUGAAAGCAAUUGAGCAACGAAAUGAAUUAGUUGCAUCUGAACGAAGGGAACAUAAUACGGCCAAAAUGAUGAUCUUCGUUGUACUUGUAUUUCUAUUCUGCUAUACAUUCUCAUUCAUUCUGAAUGUCUUGGAAAUCUUUCAAUCAUCAUUAUUUCGAUCAAACAUUGGAUAUCUAUUGAAUGAUGUUAACAACAUCUUGGUUGUUGUCAAUUCAUCAUCAACAUUCAUUUUUUAUGUCAAAUAUUCUACAAGAUAUCGUAAUCAAUUACGUACCUUAUAUGGAAUCAGAUGGUUUACUUCACGUCUCAAAUUCACAGAUCGACAUCGAAAGAGUGAUAGUCUAACAGCCAAACAGUACACUGGAACUCCAAUAGUUAAAAGCAGUUGUUAUAGUGAUAUUCAAGGAUCUUUCAUCGGACCGGCAGAUCGAAUGAUUGCUUCUCAUGUUUCCUCUUGA